AGUUUCUCUAUUGGUGUCGACGACAAGGCGGGACUCUUUCCCAUCGCAUCCCGCUUCAACCACUCAUGCCGUCCGAGAGACAACAUCGAAUACACCUUCAACCCGGACAACGAAACCCUCGAAAUGGUGGUCAAGGUCGACACGAUCCCCGCCGGCCAAGAGCUGACAAUCUCCUACGGGACCAGACGGACUCCCAUCGAUCUCUACUACCGAUUCGGCUUCAAGUGUUGCUGCGGAGCGUGCCCGGGACUGAAAAAGGGGGAGACGGACUACAUUUGGUGA